AGUUCUUUUCCCGUAAGACUCAAUGGUAGGUGGUUCACGUGGGGAGAACUAGUAAAGCUUUCCGUAAUAACUUCUACGUACUAAAAAAACAAAAAAAAGUCAUAAAAUUUCAAAAAGUCUAAAAAAAUCGCAAAACUUGUUCGAAAAACCCUGAACUUCUCCGGAGUUCAGCGUAAAAAGUUGUGGUUUAGGGCUGCCUGGUCAUUUCUUCGAGAGCGUUGGUCUGAAGACUUGGAACCGCAAGUAUGAACAAUCCGAACGGACCAAACUAUCCGAUGGCGUCCCUCUACGUCGGAGACCUUCACACAGAUGUCACCGAAGCUAUGCUCUUCGAGAAGUUCUCCACUGCUGGACCCGUCCUGUCGAUUCGGGUAUGCAGGGACAUGAUUACACGGCGGUCUCUUGGAUACGCAUAUGUCAACUUUCAGCAGCCCGCUGAUGCGGAGCGUGCCCUGGAUACAAUGAACUUCGACCCCAUCAAGAACAAACCGAUUCGCAUCAUGUGGUCGCAGCGGGACCCAUCAUUGCGCAAGUCAGGAGUGGGCAAUGUCUUCAUCAAGAACUUGGACAAGUCCAUCGACAACAAAGCCAUGUAUGACACAUUCUCGGCUUUUGGCAACAUUCUGUCCUGCCGGGUAGCUACCGACGAGGAAGCCAACUCAAAGGGGUACGGCUUUGUGCACUUUGAAACGGAAGAGGCGGCCAACAAUGCCAUCAGUAAAGUGAAUGGUAUGCUGCUGAACGGCAAGAAGGUCUUUGUGGGGAGGUUCAUCCCCCGCAAGGAACGCGAGAAGCUGCUUGGCGACAAGGCCCGGCGCUUCACCAACGUCUACAUUAAGAACUUUGGUGACGAGUUGGAUGAUGAGAAGCUGGUCGUGAUCUUUGAGAAGUACGGCAAGAUCACCAGCGCCAGAGUGAUGACCGACGACACGGGCAAGAACCGUGGCUUCGGGUUUGUCUCUUUCGAGGAUCCCGAAUGCGCUGAGAAGGCGGUAGACGAAUUGAAUGGCAAGGACGUGGGAGGCAAAGUGUUGUACGUCGGCCGUGCCCAGAAGAAGGCUGAGCGUCAGGCAGAGCUGAAGCGCCACUUUGAGCAGCUGAAGCAAGAGCGACUCAACCGCUACCAGGGCGUAAACCUGUACGUGAAGAAUCUGGACGACGCCAUUGACGACGAGCGCCUGCGCAAGGAGUUCACCCCGUUUGGCACCAUCACUAGUGCCAAGGUGAUGACAGACGCCAACGGCCGCUCGAAGGGCUUCGGCUUCGUCUGCUUCUCCUCCCCCGAAGAGGCCACCAAGGCGGUGACAGAGAUGAAUGGCCGCAUUGUUGUUUCCAAGCCCCUCUAUGUAGCUUUGGCCCAGCGCAAGGAAGACCGCAAAGCUCAUCUGGCCUCUCAGUACAUGCACCGCAUUGCGGGCAUGCGCAUGCAGAUGGGUCAGAUUUUCCCACCAGGUGGCGCGGGCGCAGCAGGUGCUGCAUCCUACUUUGUGCCGACGUUGCCGCACCACCAGGCGGCAGCUGCAGCACAAAGGGGAUACUUCCCUACGCUGGGUCCCUCCCAGAUGAGGGCCACCCCUCGCUGGGCAGGACAGCCGCAGAUUCGAGGUGCCGCAGCAGGCGGUCCACAAGGACAGCCAACCGCAGGCUUUGCCGCAGUGCAGUCGAUGCCAUACCAACGUCAACCAAGACCAGUUGCCACUACUGGACAGCCCGUCCGUAGCGGCAUGGGAAGCGCCCGACCUAUUACUGGCAGCCAACAGCCUCCGCAACAAGGCCAGGCUCAGCAGCAACAACAGGCCCCAGGAGGCGGUGCCCCGAGAGUAAUGGGACAGCCAGCGAGACCCACAAGCCUGGCACCACAGGCUCAGCAGACCGGUCCACGGCCUGCCUACAAGUACACACAGACGAUGCGCAACCCGCCACAAGCCGUGGCUGUACAGCAGGUUCCAUUCCAGGCCGCGGGUCAAACUGCGGCUCAGCAGGCUGCAGUGCACAUUCAAGGACAGGAGCCGCUGACGGCAUCCAUGCUGGCGGAGGCAACUCCCCACGACCAGAAGCAGAUGCUGGGAGAAAGGCUGUUCCCGUUGAUCCAUCGCAUGUACCCAGAGCUGGCUGGAAAGAUCACAGGCAUGCUGCUUGAGAUUGAUAACUCUGAGCUCCUGCACAUGCUCGAGCAUAACGAGUCGCUCAAGGCGAAGGUUGAAGAAGCAGUGGCAGUGCUCCAGGCCCACCAGGCCAAGGAGGCCAUGGCAUCGGUCAUCAAGAAAGAGUGAGGGGCGGCAUAGGAGAAGUGUGGCCGACGAAAUCCCAUGGAACUUUCGGCUGGCCCAGGGUGUAAGCUCUGAAGGCUGCCGAACUGUUUUUGUGGGGUUUGCUCUUGG